AUGUUUUUUGAAUUAUUCCACACACAAAUGCAAGAGAGACUCAGUUGCCUCGCCAAGGACAACUCUAUCUAUGUUGUGGCAAAUAUUGGGGACGAGAAACUUUGCAAUGCCAGUGACCCUCAGUGUCCCCCUGAUGGCAGUUACCAAUACAAUACUGAUGUGAUGUUUGAUUCUGAGGGUAGUCUGGUAGCCCACUACCAUUAAUACAAUCUUCUUGCCCCCGAAAUUCAAUUUGACUUCCCUAAGGAUGCAGAAUUUGUGACUUUUGACACUCCCUUUGGGAAGUUUGGCACUUUGACUUGUUUUGACAUUUUUUUUUCUUACAACCAAGCUAUGGUGGUGGUGAAGGAGUUUCAAGUCGACAGUGUUCUGUAUCCCAGGACCUGGUACAACACACUGCCCCUCCUCUCUGCUGUCCUGUUCCAUCCUGCAAGGGCUAGAGCCAUGGGAGUCAACCCGCUUCUUGCUGUGAAUACCCACACCAGCAUGCACAUGACAGGGAGUAGGAUCUAUGCCCCAGAAGCACUCAGUGUGUAUCAUUAUGACAUGGAAACAGAGAGUGGCCAAUUGAUGCUAUCAGAACAGAAGUCUUGGCCUCUCAGCAAACACACCUACCCUGCAGCCCUUGACUGGAGUGCUUAUGCCAAAAGUGUCAAGUUCUUCCCUUCUGAGCAGCAGGAUUUUCUGGGGAUGGUUUAUUUUGAUGAGUUCACCUUCACUGAAGAAGGAAAUUACACAGUUUGCCAGAAGGACCUUUGUCAUUUAUCUUACAAGAUGUCUGAGAAGCGAGUAGAUGAGGUCUAUGCUCUGGGAGCUUUUGAUGGACUGCACACAGUAGAAGGCCAAUAUUAUUAUAGGUAUUAUAAUAUUAUAGGUCAAAUAGUGUUUUUCAGAUCAUCUUCAACUGAGAUAUACACAUUACUGAAAUGCCAAACCACAGCCCUGAGAACUUGCCGGGAGCCCGUGGGUUCAGCUUUUACCAAGUUUGAGGAGUUCUCUCUCAGCAUCACAUUUGCAACAAGUGUUUUCCCACAGAUUGUCCUAAGUAGGAGUCAGCUUGUCCCUGAAAGACAUUACAAGGUUUCAAGAGAUGGACAUCUAAGGAGCCAAACUGGAGUCUCUUUGUCUGUCUUAGUUAUGGCUCUCUAUGGAGGAGCGUUUGAAAAGACCCUUCUUAGCGCUCAUGACAGGGACCUGGGAAUUUGUAAUGAUCCCCUUCACCAGGAUCUUGCAGGAUUAGUCUGA